AUGGUGCUCUCCACCGAACUGGGUCGCCGGGAUAACUGCUCCAGGGACGGCGGCGUAAACUCUCUUGCUAGCCUAUCUGCUGCCUGUUUCAGAACUCUCCGACACGCUUUAUACCCCAGCCACUCCAUCAGGAUCAAGAAGGCUUCCGAGGCGUUCUGCCACGAAACCAGCAGGACCGAUCCGCAUAGGGACGAUGUAGUUUUCUGGACUAAUGGUGGGCCGAGGUGCUCUUCCUCGACUUGGAGCCCUUGUCGCGUGCUCGAUGCGUACGGACCAAAGUACCUGUUCAUUGUCGACCAGCCCGUCGGUGUGGGGUUCUUGUAUGGAGAAACGGUGAGUACUACCGAAGAAGCGGGGUGGGACAUCGUUGCGCAGUUCGAGGGACGGGCUUUACAUAUGGCGGGCGAGUCGUAUGGUGGACGUUUCCUUCCACUUUUUGCUUUGGCGAUUUAUAAUAAUAAUGCUCUACUCCUGAGCAGGGAUCGUCCACUGAUUAAUCCCAAGUCACUUAUGAUUGCAAAUGGGUUGACAGACAGUAUUACAAUGGUAUUAUCGUACUUCGAUAUGGAGUGCACGUGGACAUCUGUCCCUCCCAUCGUGAACAUCUCGACCUGCGUCACAAUUAAAUCCACGAAAUGCAGGUGUGAAAGAUGGAUGCAGGACGCGUGUAUUAAUGUCCUUGACCCUAUUAAUUGUGGUGCAGCAUAUUCCCUUUGCAGCGCCGUCAUUGGUACCCCAUACGCCAGAACGAGACGAAUUUCGGGAAUGAAUCCGUGCGAUAUGAGCCGUUGCCAUCCCAUGAGAAAAUACAUCUCGGAAUACGUCUCUGUUCCCUCGGUUCGCUCUCUGCUCGGAGUGGAUAUGGAAGUUGCUGAGAAUUUCUCAUCAUGCAAAAACGACAUAAUACAUCACGUUGCUGCGGUUCUUGAGUGGGGCGGGGCGUCAAGGUGGCUGAUAUACGUCGGUGCGAAUGAUUGGCUGUGCAAUUGGGUGGGGAACGAAAGGUGGACCUUCGGGCUGGCAUGGAGCGGUCAGAGGCAGUUUGUGAAAGAGAGGUUGAGGGAAUGGGUGGUAGAUGGGAAGGUCGUGGAGAAGACGCGCAGUGCCAGGGGACUCACAUUCGCUUUAGAUGACGGAGGAUUGAGACCGCGUGUGUGA